CUCUCUUUCUCGGUUUCGCCCUCACGCGCGCACACACCAAAAUCCUUGCUCUGUGGCCACGAACCCCCUCGAAGAUUUCCGACUCUCUCUGAAGCCUAAUCCCCUAAAACCCAGAGUCCCUCUGUAUGUAACUUGUUCUCUCUUGUCUACUUUCAUUUUGUUUUCCAUGCGUGUUAGUGUGAUACUCAAAACGCAUUUGUCCUUCCUAUAAGAUCACCAUGGUUUAAUCUCCCUGUUACAGCACACUUGUCAACCCCAUAGUCCAGCGAUGCAUAAUCCUUCGAUAACCACCACCCAGGAACCCAGUCCUGUCUAUGACCUUGUGUCCCAAUUGGGUCGGUUUGCCUUGAGCACAAGGUUUCGAAACCUGCGCUCUGAGGGCCACUCCGCCCUUUUGUCUAAUUUCCUCUACUUUGAUGGGCCCAGAAACCCCAAGGUCAGUGCUUCUCUCAGUUUGAACACUAGAGGCAGCGGCUCCAGCAUUCGGAGAAUUGUCACCGAGUUCAAUAGAGCUAUUAGGUUCCAUUGUGACAAAUUCCCUAUUGGCUUCGCUUCUCUUGGCGUUGGUGGUGGGGAUAGCAAUGGAUCAGAUAAUGGUGCCGGUGCCGCGGACAACAAUAAUGGAUUGAGAGACAAUGGCUGCACUCUUACCGAUAAUGGAGCAGCCUUGAAUGGUGCGGUGGCAGGCAGCGCCAAAAAAGUGCUGAUUUUGAUGAGUGACACCGGUGGCGGUCAUAGAGCUUCAGCAGAAGCUAUUAAGGCAGCCUUUAAUGAAGAAUUUGGAGAUGAAUAUCAGGUGUUUGUUACAGACUUAUGGUCGGAUCAUACGCCUUGGCCAUUUAAUCAACUUCCCAGGAGCUAUAAUUUCUUGGUGAAACAUGGACCAUUGUGGAAAAUGACAUAUUAUGGAACUGCUCCACGCCUGGUGCAUCAAUCUAAUUUUGCUGCGACUUCUACAUUUAUAGCUCGGGAGGUUGCCAAAGGACUGAUGAAAUACCAGCCAGAUAUUAUUAUCAGUGUGCAUCCGCUGAUGCAACACGUACCACUUCGUGUACUGAGGCAAAAGGGUCUGUUGGAGAAGAUAGUUUUUACUACAGUCAUCACAGAUUUAAGCACUUGUCAUCCUACAUGGUUUCAUAAGCUUGUAACAAGAUGUUAUUGUCCGACAUCUGAGGUUGCGAAAAGAGCAUCGAAAGCCGGACUCAAGCCUUCACAAAUCAAGGUUUAUGGCCUCCCUGUGCGGCCUUCUUUUGUUAAACCUGUGCGACCAAAGGCUGAGCUUCGGAGAGAAUUAGGAAUGGAAGAGCAUCUUCCUGCUGUGUUGCUGAUGGGAGGAGGAGAAGGGAUGGGUCCUAUUGAGGCUACAGCCCGAGCACUUGGGGAUGCAUUAUAUGAUGAAAAUCUUGGGGAGCCUAUGGGUCAGGUCCUUGUGGUAUGUGGCCGCAACAAAAAGCUUGCAGAAAAGUUGCGCGCAAUCGAUUGGAAGGUUCCUGUCCAGGUGAAGGGAUUUGUCACUAAAAUGGAGGAAGGCAUGGGAGCUUGUGAUUGCAUAAUUACAAAGGCGGGCCCAGGGACUAUUGCAGAAGCAAUGAUAAGAGGCCUCCCAAUUAUUCUGAAUGAUUACAUUGCCGGGCAGGAAGUUGGAAAUGUCCCAUAUGUUGUCGAAAACGGGUGUGGGAAAUAUUCUAAAUCUCCAAAAGAGAUAGCAAGGAUUGUUUCAGAGUGGUUUGGUCCAAAAGCUGAUGAGCUGCAGGCGAUGUCGCAAAACGCAUUGAAGCUGGCAAGGCCUGAUUCUGUGUUCAAGAUUGUUCAUGAUAUGCACGAGCUUGUUCGACAACGAAGCCUUGUACCCCAGUACUCAUGUACAACCUAAACCCUGUUUUCCCCCUCCCCCUCCCCCUCCCGACCAAUUUUGUUACUAGCCUUGUAAUUGUGCAAAAUAAUGAUAUACGCUAAUUCUUCCCUCUGUCAUUUCAUUUC